CAAAAAACGUCUCCAGCUCUGCUGACUACCGGACAUGAGGAUUUUGUCCUCUAGAAGGAGCUGCUCUAUUAGCAAAUUCCUGUUGGUAGUCGUGAUGUGCUGUUUGACUGUGUGUAGCGGAACACCUGACCCUAGUCAAAGGGAGGUGAUGAUUCGCCAAGAGGUCUCAAGGCAGACAGGGGGCAGUGUGCAGCUGACAGGGGCAGAGCAGAGGCUAGAUUGGCACCUUAAUAAGCUAAAAAAACAAGAAAUUGCUGCAGAACAGUUCCUUCCUGCCACUCACUUCUUCAAAGCACGACCACUCAUCCAAAAGAGCCCCAUCUUCAGCCUACUGCAAAAAAUGCCCAAAGGGGCGGCCCUCCACAUCCACAGCUCAUCCCUGGUGAGUGUUGAUUGGCUGGUGAAGAACAUCACAUACAGACCAAACUGUUACAUCUGCUUCACGUGGGGCAGGUCUUUGCGGUUCCUCUUUUCCAGUCGCCAUCCUUUCCCCAGCUGGGACUGUCCCUACUGGCGGCUGUUGAAGACACUGAGAGGAAACAUGCCGGAUCCAACAGACUUUGACCACAGCUUGAUGAGGAACCUGACACUGUUCACAGAAGAUCCAGAUACAGCAUACCCAAGCCAGGAUGCUGUUUGGGAGAAAUUUGAGACAGCAUUUCUGGCUAUAUCCGGGCUGGUCACUUACGCUCCUGUGUUUAGAGACUUUCUGUACAAAGGCUUAGAGCAGCUGCUUCAUGACAACAUUAUGUACCUGGAAGUAAGGACUGGACUGUCAAGGACCUAUGAGCUUGAUGGAAGCAUCCAUGACAAAUCCUGGUCUUUAAGGACUUAUCAGGAAGUCACUCGGCAGUUUGUGGCUGAACACCCUGACUUUCUAGGAGUUCGACUCAUCAUUUCUGUCCACAGGGCUCUGAGUGUGUCUGAGGUUAAAGCAGCUGUGAAAGAGGCCAUUCAGAUGCAGAAAGAUUUCCCAGAGAUUGUUGCAGGAUUCGAUCUGGUGGGCAGGGAGGACAGAGGUAGACCUCUCUGGUUCUUCAAGGACGCGUUAUCUCUCCCAGCAGAGCUCGGCAUUAAGCUGCCUUAUUUCUUUCAUGCAGGAGAGACCGACCUGGAGGGCACUGAAGUGGAUGAGAACAUUCUGGAUGCCCUAUUAUUUAACACCCAACGCAUUGGGCAUGGAUAUGCCUUGACACAUCACCCACUGGCAAAGGAGCUCUCGAAGAAGGGAAACGUGGCCGUGGAAGUAUGUCCCAUCUCAAACCAGGUACUCAAGCUGGUUUCCGACCUGAGGAACCACCCAGCUGCUGUACUGAUGUCUGAGGGCCAUCCCAUGGUGGUCAGCUCUGAUGACCCAUCCCUGUUUGGGACAACUGGCCUCUCCUACGACUUCUAUGAGAUGUUUGUAGGCAUCGGCGGGUUGAGAGCUAACCUGGGCACUCUCAAGGAGCUGGCCAUCAACUCCUUAAGAUAUAGCUCCCUGCCACCACAGCUGAAAGAAAGAGGGCUCUCCAUGUGGCAGAGGACGUGGGAUAAGUUCAUAGCUGAAAACUCAUAGAAAUCCCUGAGCAGAGGAGGAACUGCCCUGAUGUCAACUCAACGAAGACAUAUUUUAAAUUAUGAGCUCUGGUGAUAAUCUGCAGGUGAUCAGUAACAAAACAAAAAUGUGGAUAACCACAUGAAUUACACGCUUCCUUUGCAUUUACAACAUUUAGGACUAAGGAAAAAACUGCUGAAAAGCAAGUAACAUUCUGCGAAGAAACUCUACAGCUACAGAACUGUAUGCCAUCCAAAACAAAUCAAAACCGCUUACUUUAACGGAUGAUGCAAAUUCCAUUAACUCCUGAGGUCUCUGGUAGACUCAACAGGAAAUUUCUAUAAAAUGUAUUAAAUGACAGGUUUUUGUGAUGUAAUAGAAU